UCCAUCCUUUAUACUAUUUCUAGUGUGGAGAGAAGCAGGCACCGGGGAUAAAGUGUAAGAGAAACAGAGAAGUAAAGCUUACUUUACUCAAGUUUUCAGUUUAAUAGGUUUUAAAUCUUCAUCUGCUUUGCUGGUGAUUUGUUUUUGUUUUUUAGCUUGAAUCACUUCUGUUCCACUUUUCUGUAUCUUAAUUAGUUUGCAAACAAACAGGGAGCACUGAAGGGUAGAGCUGGCUACGAUUUUUGAAAAAGUAUUUUUGUCUGUUUCACGGACGUUAUUGGUCCAAUUGUCUAAAGUUGGUGUCUUAACGUGAUUUUUAUAUCACUGGAAGCCAUGAGUUCCUUGUUGAUGAACACAGUAGGAGAUGGCAACUGCGCAAGCUUUGACCUCAUCCAAAAUAGGAUUGAGUCACUGAGCAGUAAGAUGGACAAGCUCAUCAACAUCCAAGAAAAGGUCCUCAACCGACUAGAUGGGAUGUCUCAAGACAUUGACUUCAUUGAAAAGGAUAUGGAGAAUCUGAAGGUUGACAAGGAGGAGAUCCAUCUUCCACCCAGGAUGGUGAACCAGACCCAGGUCAUGGGGCGAGAGGUGAGGGAGAUCUGUCAUGAGAUGAGCACCAUAAUGUCGGUGGUGAACCAGCGGUCCGAGCAGCAGGCUCAGAAGCUUGAGGGGAUGGAAAAACUGGUCCUCAGCAUGCAGCAGAUGAUCAGCUUUAUUGGGGAGACGGUGAAGAGUUCGAGGGUUAUGGAGCUGAUGUUCAAAGGCCCUGCAGCUCGGAAGGGCUCCAAGCCCAAAGACAAUAAAGGCAAGCAAGCCAUUAAGAGGAAAUCUACAGACACAAUAAACAAGAAGCUUGACAAGAAAACUACCUCUAAUAAAGCCAGUAAAGAGAAUCAGGAGAUAGUACCUGCAUGUGAGCCCAGUUCUCCACAGCCUUCUCACAAGAUGAAGCUCCAUGGAUCAAAGCAUUUCCUCGCCUCUCGCAAAAGUGGAAAAUUUUUGAAGGACCACAAAGGUAAAGAUGGGACAGAUAUGCCAUGUUUGAGCCCCAAGGGUCUGAAAGCUCAAAAGAAGAUGAAGCCUCCAGACACAGCAGAAAAUAUCUCCUUGAAAAAGCAGAUGUUGCUUCUUGAAGAGGUGCAGAAACUCAACAGGGAGAAUGCAGAGAAAUCAGGUCAGCAGAUCACCCCUGGAUAUCUGGAUCUGGAGGCUGGAGUGUCCCCUAAAGAUCAACAACCCGAAGCCCCUGCUUGCAACUUGGUGGAUUUCCUGCGUGAAGAUUCGCAAGUGGCCGUGGCUGAAAAAGAUGAGGUUGUUGAGGCGGUUAGUGAAGAGGAGGUUGUGGAAAAGGUGCAGGAGGCAGAGCCAGUGGUUACAGAGGAGGAUCCCAAGCUUGAUUUGGAGGAUAUUGAGAAAGAGAAAGGGGAAGAAAAGCCCCCAGUCCCAGAGGAAGUGGAGGAAGAGGUUGUUUCUCCUGCUGAAGAAACCACAGAGUUCCCUGCUGCACAUGAUGAUGAAAAAGAACCAACUGCUGCAAGCAGUGAUGAACACAAAGACACCUCCCCAUCUCCCGAGGUCGAGCCGGAGCAGAUAUCAGAGGCCAGCAGUGCCAACUUCUUUGUGACUGAGGAACACAUUGUAGUGGAGGAACACAUAAAGAGCCAACUGGUGGAGGUGGUGCAGGUGGUGCAUGAGGAGGAGGAGAAGAAGGAGGACGAGGAGGAUGAACAGAGUCUGGAGUCUGAGGGCUGGGCCGUCUUUAGGGCAGAUGGGGUUGAAUUCAAGUUAAACCUAAAACAAAGGUUGGAGAGAGAGAGAAAGGACAAUGAUGCAGCAAAGGAGGAUGAUGAGGAUGAGGCAGAGCGGUACUUUAUUGACACCACUCCUCCUCCAGCGGCUCCUUUCAAUCACCGCAUCGUCUCUGCCAAGCCCAACCAGAUAAUCAACUUCUACACCAUCAACUGGCAGGAAGUCCUGGGCGGGGGUCGUUUUGGCCAGGUGCACAAAUGUGUUGAAAACUCUUCUGGCCUCACUUUGGCAGCAAAGGUCAUCAAAGCCAGGAGUCUGAAAGAAAAGGAGGUGGUGAAGAAUGAGAUCCAGGUCAUGAAUAAUCUGGACCAUGCCAGCCUGAUCCAGCUCUAUGCAGCUUAUGAGUCAAGGAAUGACAUCAUCCUUGUACUUGAAUAUGUUGGAGGAGGGGAACUGUUUGACAGGAUCAUUGAUGAGAACUACACUUUAAUGGAGCUGGACGCUGUGGUGUUCAUCAGGCAGAUCUGUGAGGGCCUGCAGCACAUGCACAAAAUGUACGUCCUACACCUGGACUUAAAGCCAGAAAACAUUCUGUGUGUGAACCGUAUCACGAAUAAGAUCAAAAUCAUUGACUUUGGUCUUGCUAGGGUAUAUAAACCCCGGGAGAAACUGCGAGUGAAUUUUGGCACUCCAGAGUUUCUGGCUCCUGAAGUCAUCAACUACGACUUUGUUUCGUUCAACACAGACAUGUGGAGCCUCGGCGUCAUCACCUAUAUGCUUCUAAGUGGUCUCUGUCCCUUCCUUGGCGACGAUGACAACGAGACUCUGAAUAACAUCUUGUCCUGUAAGUGGAGCUUUGAGGAACAAGAGUUUGUCGAUACAUCUGAAGAAGCCAAGGACUUCAUCUCAAGACUGCUCAUCGUGAAUAAAGGUUGGAGGAUGGGGGCAUCUGAGGCCUUAAGACAUCCUUGGCUAUCUGACUCAGUCCUUCAUCAUCGCCUUUAUACAAAGAAAACUAUGUGCAGAUCACGGCGAUCAUCGUGUGUGCCCACAACUGAUAGUUGAGGGCUACAAUGAUGUGACGGCUCCAGCUGUGGCCACUUGGACCAACCCUCCUGUCCAUGUAAAUUACCUAAUUUUGAGUCCAUGCACCUGAAGGCACGGGCUGAAAUUCUGGCUACCCCACAAAACCUUUUCCUGACAUGUGAUCCACUGUGUUGUGUUAAUGUAAGCAAUAGAAAAAAACAAUAUACAGAUAAAAACUGUUUAAUAGUAGAUAGUCAAUCACUUUUCAUGAAGAUGUCUUGGCCUUAAAUAAUAAACAAUUUAAAACUGUAUUGCUAGAGAAACAAAGGCUGAAUAAAAAAAAACAAUAGCAUCUUUUAGUAUGAAUCAAUCAAGUAGAAUUACCAUGCAAUAAAUGCUACUUUUGUGAAGCUUACAAUAUUAAGUUAUUAAUGAAACUGUCAGAGAAAUGGCUACUCAACUGUUUAGGUUGUUUCUGCUAGUGCUGUAUUGGAUUGCUUUACUUUGAAAGGUGUUUCCCUUGUAUAUGGCAUUUCUAAACGGUGCUAAUGGUGGUCAUAAUCUGACCCAGCUUCAUCAGACAGGUAUUAUCAUAAGAACUUGAUUGUGUGGGCCAGCUUUGGCUUGAAAGUUGCAUGUGCACAGUGUACUAUCUACUAUACUUUUAAAUAUACACUCAUUGAGCCAUCCUCAUAUAUCUCUAACCAAACACACUGUGCAGUUAUUGUCUGCUGCUUUUCUCAUUUUCUGUUGAUAGAUAAGAAUUUUAGAAACAUACCUCAGCUGCUUAUGUAUGGAGGCUACAGCAUGAUUAUAUAUUAUGUAUAUAAUCUAUAUUAUUAUAUUAUAUCUUAGGGGAUAGACUAUUGUACGUAUGGAGAGAAUAUGGAAUUUGUGUGGUCUGUGUCAUGAGCUGUAGUAUGUGCACUUUAUAAUGUUAUGUGUUUGAACAUAGAUUAUACAUGAAGCUACCAUAGUUCCUCUGAAAAGGCUUGUGUGGUCAGAUCUUUCUCAUCCUGAUUUGUCCAGGUGUUUAUAAAGAAAAUACUUUAUAAGACACAAAACAGUUCACCAACACAGUUAAUGUCUUAUCAGCUAAGUGUAGUAUUUUAAUUCUGUGUUGCAUGUCUCUAUGUGUUUUAUUAAAGCAGACAGUAAAGCUUAAACUUGAUACACAGAAAAAAAAAAACUUUUUAUAACUUUUUAUUAUUGUACUGUAUGCUUGAGCUGUCAUACCACUCUAGUGCCACUAUAGCUGCAAAUUCAUGCUACUGUAGAUGCUAUUUCCACAAAACAGUGUUAAUUUUGAAAUGCCUUCUGUGAAGGUUCACUAACUGAAAUAAUACACAACCUACCUAAUGUUGCCUACAUUGAUAAAAUGUUGUUAGAACUGCAUAUAUGUGGUUUUAAUUCAACUUCAUGAUGAAUGUAAGUUGUUGAACACAGAGUGCUAGUAAAAGAAGUUGUCCUCACAGAGUGUUAACAAUUUCAAAAUUCAGCAUGUAUUUGUGAAGUGUGUACACAUCCAUUAAACUGAAAUUGUGUCUUAAA